CUGCCUUGCGAUUCAUCCCCCUCCCCGCCCCCCGCAGGAGCGAGCGGCCAGCAAGUCCUGCUGGAUUUCCGGGAGCAGCGGCUCUGGAGGUGCGUGAGAAGCGAGCGCUCUGUCCUGCCCGCCGGGUGGCUCGGAUCACCGCUGUGACUGGGCUGGCGGCGGCUCCAUCCCUCCCUCCUCACGGUGCAGGGCUGCAGCCCGGAGAGCGGACCCCAGCCCACCUCCUGUGGUAGUUGUUCUCCUGUGAAGAUUCAUUCAAUCAGAGAAGAAUUUUUGAAGUGAGACUAGUGUAACAGAGACAAACACCUACAAGAUCUCUAUCAAGCAUUCUUACAACUACAAUACACACCUGCGGAAGUGAAGAAACAGAUUGAUAGAGCCAGAAGAGUUCCCAGAAGUCACCUACUACAGGACAGGCCUAACAAAGAAAAUAACAGAACGCCACUAGCCGUCACCUUCAGCCCCCAACUAAAACCCCUCCAAUGCAUUAUUAAGGAUCUACAACCUAUCCUGAAGGAUGACCCAACACUCUCACAAAUCUUGGGAGACAGGCCAGUCCUUGCUUACAGACAGCCCCCCAACCUGAAGCAAAUACUCACCAGCAACCACAUACCACGAAACAGAACCACUAACCCAGGAACCUAUCCUUGCAACAAAGCCCGUUGCCAACUGUGUCCACAUAUCUAUUCAGGGGACAUCAUCACAUGGCCUAAUAACAUCAGCCAGACUAUCAGAGGCUCGUUCACCUGCACAUCCACCAAUGCGAUAUAUGCCAUCGUGUGCCAGCAAUGCCCCUCUGCCAUGUACAUUGGUCAAACUGGACAGUCUCUACGUAAAAGAAUAAAUGGACACAAAUCAGAUGUCAAGAAUUAUAACCUUCAUAAACCAGUCGGAGAACACUUCAAUCUCUCUGGUCACGCGCUUACAGACAUGAAAGUUGCGAUAUUACAACAGAAAAACUUCAAAUCCAGAUUCCAGCGAGAGACUGUUGAAUUGGAAUUCAUUUGCAAAUUGGAUACAAUUAACUUAGGCUUGAAUAGAGACUGGGAGUGGCUAAGUCAUUAUGCAAGACUAACGGGGCUGUUACUCUGAAACCUGUCAAUAUUUAGCUCUUGCUGACUGAGAGGACCACAUCAGAGGUCAAAGAGAAGGAAGGCAUCACGUGGCCUGACGAUGACCCCCCCACUUCCUCUCUAAUGAACCUUGGUGAAAAGAUUCUAAAUGAAUCACCCGCUAAUAUAAUACUGAAGCACUAAAGACUUCAGGUAAAGAAGAUUUCUCACCGAUAAUCAAGGAAUCAGAUGCAUCAUGUUUUAUCACGAUAAUGAAGUCUUUGAAAACCCAGACUAUCAUUACUCAGAGACAUUGGAGAUUGACAGAAGCAGAGAAAGGAAUUCAUCCUUUCACCAAAACCUUCAUGAUUCCUCCCUGGAUGAUGACUCGUUGUACGAUUCCUAUGAAGGUCGCAGUGGAAGAGGACAAAGAAACCAGGAUUAUCCCUUGGCUAUACCGAUGGCCUCAAUGCAGCCUGGUUUCCAAUACAGCUACAGCACAUCGAGAUCAGCUAUGCCCAACACAAAUCCAUACGGAAAUCCACACACUAAUCCUUCCUUUGAGUAUGAGCCAGAACUAGCAUACACAUCUCCCUCCUUUCAUGCCGCGGAUGGUCCUUAUGUACGCAGAUCUUCUGAUAUGUCUGAUGGAGGUAGCUUCAGUCAGAGAUAUAACAGAAGACAAGCUGACCUGGUCUACAGGAUGCCUUCCAGCCUUCUCAGACUAGACUCAAAUGCAGAAACAUAUAAUGAAGACAAACAUAAACAAGAAACCAAAACCCAACUAGAAAAAACAGCAGAAGAAAAAUUGAUCAAAAAUCUUGCAAGCAUGUCCAGCAGAGAGAGAAUUAAAGCAAUCCAGAAGACACCAAAGACCAUGAAAGAAAAGAGAGACAUCAGAAAUAAAGUUCUCAUGGAGAAAACGAAAAAAUCAGCGAGCUACCAUACUCAGAUUAACUGUUGUACACAGUGUCUGUACAAAACAGCAUUGUCCUAUCAGCAAUUUAAAAAUGGCCUGUCGGAAUGUUGGCACCUAUUGCAACUAUGGCAGAAGACUCUAAAAGUCAUCGGUGGCAAGUUUGGAACCAGUGUUCUUUCCUAUUUUGUUUUUCUGAAGUGGUUACUGACUUUCAACAUCUUCUCAUUCCUUGUAAACUUCAGCUUCAUAACAAUCCCACAGCUUAUAGUAUCAGGACCAAAUAACCUUUCGUUCAACGGUCUGGAGCUUCUCUCCGGGGCUGGUUAUUUUAAAAAAACAGUGCUCUACUACGGUUUUUACACCAACUCCACAAUCACGAAAACUGAGAACAACUCUUCCUAUAACAUGCAGCUGGCCUAUAUUUUCACUAUUGGGAUUUAUUUCAUCAUCUGCUUCUUUAGCUUGGUGUACAGCAUGGCAAAGUCCUUCCGUAAGAACUUCAUCAAUCCUCACACUUACUCUGGAAGUGCUGCCAAGCUUCUCUGCAUCUGGGACUUCAAUAUAACCAAUGAGAAAGCUGUGAAACUGAAGCAAAGCAAUCUCAGUACGCAAAUAAAGGAAUCCCUGUCUGAAGUGACCCUCGAGGUACUGAACCUUUCUCUAAAGCAGAGAAUUGCUCGUAUCGCUGUUCAUCUGGUGGUUUGGGUGGCUUCCUUGGGAAUAGCAGCUGCUUGUUGUGCUGGUGUUUACUUCCUCUCAAGAAAUAAUCUACAGUUCCUGGAAGGUAAAAAAAGUGAGCUGGAAAACGAGGCUGCCACGCUAGUGCUGCCCAUCGUUGUGUCUCUCCUCAACCUCCUCGUCCCCUUCUGCUUCGCCUUGUUUGGACUCCUAGAGAAAUUCCAGUAUCCCAGACAUCAGCUCUACGUCACAGUUAUCAGAAAUAUUUUUCUGAAAAUAUCAAUAAUUGGAAUCCUCUGCUACUACUGGCUUAACGAUGUGGCUACAUCGGAGAAAGAGUGCUGGGAAAGUCUAGUUGGCCAAGAUAUCUACCGUCUCAUUGUGAUUGACUUCAUAUUUUGCUUGUUUGGCUCUUUCUUUGGAGAAUUUGUACGAAGAAUCAUUGGAACUAAAUGUUGCAAAAAACUUGGAGUGCCAGAAUUUGAUAUUGCACGAAAUGUUUUAGACUUGAUCUACACACAGACUUUGGCCUGGAUUGGCAUCUUCUUCGCACCUUUAAUGCCAGCCGUGCAGAUUAUAUCAUUUUUUAUAAUAUUUUAUGUAAAAAAGGUCAGUCUAAUGAGGAAUUGUCAACCACCUCGCAAAGUCUGGAGAGCUUCUCAGAUGACAACGCUCUUCAUUUUUCUGCUGUUUUUCCCUUCCUUUACUGGAGUCUUGGCUGUAAUGGCGGUCACUAUCUGGAGGCGGACGCCUUCAAACCAGUGUGGUCCGUUCCAAGGCUUGACCUCCAUAAUUGAUGCUGUUUCUGGGUGGAUACAUAUAUUGGACAGCUAUUCUGGCUCGAAAUGGGUGGUGUGGAUUUAUCGUAACUUAAUUGGAAGUGUGCAUUUCUUCUUUAUCCUCACCGUCAUCGUCCUAAUGAUCACAUAUCUUUACUGGCAAAUCAUAGAAGGAAGAAAGAUAAUGGUCAGACUCCUGCACGAGCAAAUUAUUAAUGAAGGAAAGGAUAAAAUGUUUUUGCUUAAUAAACUAAGUGCACUGCAGACAUCAAAACUAGGCCCACCAAAAGGAGAACAACAAGAGAGGAGUUCAUCUUUGUACCAGCCAUCUAGACAAGCUGCUCUGCAAAUGACAGCCUCCCUAGAAAGGCCAUUUGGGAGAAAUGGAAGAGACUUCUAUGCUGAGUCCUUCUCUGCUGGGAUACCAGAAAAGACUGGCCUUUCUCCUGCGGACUCAGAAGGACACCGACCGGCGAUUUCUGAGACCCUUGCACUGGCUCUGAGAGCCAGACAACAGGCUGAAUGGAAAAUGCAGGACGAUGACGACAAGGACUUUAGACCAUGAACUGUACAAAGCAAAUAUAAAUACGAAUUGCUAGAAGUACUUCUACCAGAACCUUACUGUUUUGCAGUAAUGGCUGGAAACCCAUUGGAAAUGACUGACUUUUUCAAAUAAGACGCUAAGGGAAAAAAUUAAAGCAAGAACACAUCAGAAAAUGCACUUUGUCGAUUGCAGUUUAAAUUUUACAAUUUCAUAGUAAAUGAACUGUCCUGUUUUGUUUUUAAAAAAUGAAAUCUUGAUGAUAGCAGACCUCUCUAGCUUCUGCUAUGAAAUCUUUUGCUGAAAUAUAGCAAGUGACCACCAUUCAUCAGGUUAGGGAGGAAUUUUUUAUUGUAUCAAUGUAAUGUGUGCCUAAUGACAAAUGUAAAUUACAAUUCUACAACCCUCGAUGGUAUUCUUAUACUUGACUUGCUUUGAUCUGGCUGUUCUUAGCUGUAUUUUUUAAAAACAGAAAUGAAGUAUUUAUAAAAUAAAAAGGAUUCUAACCUAUUUAAAACUAUUUGUUACAGUAAAUUGUGACCCAGAAUGGUGAAUAUAAAACUGUUUGUGUGAACCUUAUUGCUCUCAGUCUCUCUCUCUUCACAAUUCAGAUUACUCAUCUUUUGAGCCUUUUUUGACAGAGGUUAAAGUGUCGUUCUGGAAUGGCUAUAAUGCAAUAAACUCUAAUCUUGUCAGCCAA